AUGGCCACGAAACUUGAGGUUUUCUCCACAGACACCAUCAAGCCGUCCUCUCCAACUCCACCUCACCUUAGGAACUUCAAUUGUUGCCUCCUUGACCAGUUGUCUCCUCCGUUUUAUGUUCCGAUCGUCCUGUUCUACUCAGAUCCUGGCCAAAAGGCAGCGCCGAAUUCUGCCUCGGUGACGGGAAACCUGAAAACUUCCAUCGCCCAGGCGCUUUCCCUCUUCUACCCCCUAGGUGGAAGGGUGAAAGGAAACGCCGACGUUGAUUGUUAUGAUGAGGAUGCGCUCUAUUUGGAGGCCACGAAAAUUGAGGUUGUCUCCACAGACACCAUCAAGCCGUCCUCUCCAACUCCACCUCACCUUAGGAACUUCAAGUUUUGCCUCCUUGACCAGUUGUCUCCUCCGUUUUAUGUUCCGAUCGUCCUGUUCUACUCAGAUCCUGACCAAAAGGCAGCGCCGAAUUCUGCCUCGGUGACGGGAAACCUGAAAACUUCCAUCGCCCAGGCGCUUUCCCUCUUCUACCCCCUAGGUGGAAGGGUGAAAGGAAAUGCCGACGUUGAUUGUUAUGAUGAUGAUGCGCUCUAUUUGGAGGAGAAAGCUCGCUUUGAGCUACAGCAUGCGCCCCUGGCCACGGUUGGACCAUACGUGUAUCGGAAGGACAUGCGCACGGCAUUGGCAGCCAAGUUAGCUGCCGGCGUGACGUCCUGCUACAUUUCAGACUUCAUUGGUCAACGUUACAUGGACGUGGCAAUGUUGUCCCGGAUAUGCCGCAUCGUCAUCUACCUUGGCCUUUCGCAUUGA